UCCAAACUACACUUUUUUUAUACAUUUGGUAUUCUUUCUUUUUCAUCUUCACCUUGCAGCCUGAGUUUCAAAGUUAAUUGAUUUAAUUCCCAGAGGUUAAUUUGCCAAACAAAUGGGAUCAGGAAGUUCACCAUGUGCCUCUUGCAAAUUGUUGAGGCGUCGUUGCGCGAAAGACUGCAUCUUUGCUCCUUAUUUCCCUCCUGAUGAUCCUCAUAAGUUUGCCAUUGUUCACAAAGUCUUUGGUGCUAGCAAUGUUAGCAAGAUGUUGCAGGAGCUCCCGGUUCACCAGAGAGCAGAUGCAGUUAGCAGUCUGGUGUAUGAAGCGAACGCAAGAAUGCGAGAUCCAGUUUACGGAUGUGUUGGCGCGAUUUCUUACUUACAAAACCAAGUCUCUCAGUUACAAAUGCAGCUUGCAGUGGCUCAAGCUGAGAUCUUAUGCAUGAUGCAGCCGGAGCCUGAGCUGCCUGUAAUUCAUCCAUCAAUGGUGGAUUGCGACACGAAAUCUAUGCUGUUAUCAGGCAAUAAUACUGGCGAUUUUGGUGGCCAGAUGCCACAGUUCUUGAGCUACACUUCUUCUAACAAUAAUGUAAUCCAGGAUCCUCUAAAAAGAGAGUCUCUUUGGACAUAAAUCUUGUGUUUCAGUUCCCACUUGUACUUGUGUUAGGUCUCAGUUAAUUUCUAGCUAGUUUUAUAUGAAUUUCGGUUUUCACCAACUGCUUUUGUUUAUUAAUAUAUUGCUUUUGGUGCUUUAA